AAGUGCCUUUACAUUGAAGCCGCCGCUAAAUCCACAUCCAAAAUGGCGCAAAACGGACAGCAGUUUCUUCACAGGCUGGGUUCGCUAAGGGGCGGGGCCCUUUAUUUGCUUUCUUGAAUGAAGACGUGGUGCUCCGCUUGCUGGCAAACACAGAAUACUACCAGUGCGCCCGAUGAAAGGAUAUUUUGUGGCAAUAACAGGGGUCUCUGCUGGCGUUCGUGACGUUUUACGGUUUUAGGUGCGGCUUUCAGUUGUGGAAGUCAUAGAUGCUGAAUGUGCGCAAUAGGUCUAGCUGGAGAGUGGUUUAAGCUGGAGGCGCCCAUUCAAGAAUUAAUCCCGAUGGCGAGCGAAUGGACCCAAGAAGCGGUUUUACGUUUUCUAGCGGACAGAGGAGGGAGAGUGAGGAACGUUGAUUUGACGGAUCAUUUUCGUUCGACUAUUCCAACAGACCAUCUGAGCAGAACGGCAGCAAAAGACGCUUUUAAGAGGUGCGUGGACAGUAUAGCCUUCGUGAAAGUGGAAAAUGGGGAAAAAUAUGUGUGCCUGAAAAAGAAGUUUAGGGGAUCGGUGAAGCGGUCGGAUGAAAGGAGCUGCAACGGCCAUGUGCGGAACAGUGGUGCCAUUGUGAAAGCGCAGCGCCGUACCGUUAACGGUGACAGCAGAACGGACGUGGUACCUGUCAGACUCUGUGAGAAACGCGACGAGCCGAAAAUCGCCCUGUCACAGUGCUGCGCAGAGACCACAAAAACGGACGAAGACGAAGACGCAAAACAAGACUUGCUGCCUGGCUCAGGUUACGGAACUGGCGGGGAUGCGCAACCACCUCUGCGUAUUUCCGAGUCAGUCUCGCUUGGGAUCAAGGCGGAAUCUCGGGUCUCCAAACCAGAAAUGGGAAAUCAGCUUACAGAUAACGGCGGGACGGUAAACGAACCUGACAGGGAAACGAGCGAAACUUUACAAGCAAGUCAGCCACUGGCCUCGGAGAUGAGUAUACCGGAGAGCUUGGUAACAGAUGAGUGUGUCCUACCAGCGGUGACUGGCGAGACUGUGUUCGGUCAGUCUGCACGUUUACCGACGGAUUGUCCCGCGCUGAGUGGGAGCGACCUUGUGUCUGAUCUGAGACUUACCGAGGAGGAGACCGCCGCACGUAAGGGAUCGCAUUGCUGCAGGCGCAGACAAUCCAGAGGGUCACAGCGCAGCAAUCAGUCCGAGGGUGGUGUAGAUGAGGGACACUUAGAUUUCGUGAUCACGUCGGGCAGCGACAGCAACACCCCGAAAGGUAGCCGAAAAAGUUUCAUUGAGCACAUGAUGAACAGUUCACCGCAGGUGCGACGCAGCAUGGUGCUGAGAAACUCGGUGCACCUCUCCGCCAGGUAUAAAGAUUCCUCCGGGACGGGCGACGGCGACUCGGCGUCAGUAAACUCGUGCAGUGUGGACGAUGAAAACGCCGUGGUCACUUUGGACCCUCUGGAGCACGAGUGGAUGAUGUGCGCGUCUGACGGGCAGUGGGAGAGCCUUCAUCGGUUGCUAACGAGCGAGCCUAACCUUAUAAGCAAAAAGGAUUUCGUGACGGGGUUCACGUGCUUCCAUUGGGCAGCCAAGCAAGGGAAGCCGGAGUUGCUCGCGGUUCUCGUGAAUUUUGCGAAGCAGCACGAAGUGGCGGUGAACAUUAAUGCGCGCUCGAGUGCAGGAUACACCCCUCUUCACUUGGCAGCUAUGCACAACCACAUCGAAGUUGUGAAGUUGCUCGUGGGUGCGUACGACGCAGACGUGGAGGUGCGAGAUUACAGCGGGAAAAAAGCCGGUCAGUAUUUGAGGAGCGAUGUUGCGCGAGAUAUUUUCGAUAUAAUCGGCGCCGGCGACGACUGGGACGCCGUCGACGCGGGAGUUGCAGUCACGGGCCGGUGGAGACUGUCUAAGCUUCUUCAGUCCAAUCUCAGACCACUGAAGCUUCUGAACCAAGGCCUGGGCGAGGGCGACGCGUGUGACAACGCGGGAGUCGCAAAGCCUCUCCGCCGGAAGGCGUCCCUUAACAAAUUUAAGCCCCGACUAAGUAAAAUUGUGCACAGCACUUCUCUGUUUGAACGGUUGGAGAGAGAGGCGGGCGAAGCCUCUGGCUCAGUGAAGUCCAGGCCCAAGUCAAAUCUCUUUGGGUAGAGGCAGGUAAUAAAUAGGUCUGCUAAUCUCAGGUUUACAGCUCAAUGUUUUAUGUGCAUAAUGUGUGAUUUUGUCAUCUUGAGGACUUGGCCAACUCAGCAGACCAGUAUAAUAAUGCUGCUAGUAGUCUGAUGCUCACACGUAAGUGGAGAAAAGCCCAUAUUGUACUGCUUUGCGUUGAGCAGCUCAUGACCUCUGCACCUAUAUACAUAUUUGUCAAGGAUGACAUUAUCAGACAUGCCCACAUUAGAUGAUUGUCAUUAAUUCGCUUAUUGAUCUUUAGGGAAAAUGCAUUGAGAAUAAGCUUUUAUUUAUAUUGAUUUUUUUCUUUGAAAUUUUCUUUGCACUAUUCUCAAAGAGCACUAAUAAUAAUUAUUAUUGCCUUUUUUUAUUGUGCUUAAGAUGGGCUCAAGUUCAGUCAUCUUCAUUUAAUGAAUUAAGGUAACAAAUUCUCCAAAAGCAAUAGAGCUCCUGCUUUAAUCAAUGCUUCUGACGUGUCUGGAGAUGUCAGCUGUGUGCGUCAGCAUGAUGGCACAUGAGCAAGCUCUAACUUGCUGUUCCUCCACCUAGACCUAAUCGUGUAAUUCUCCUGUUAUGGGUCGUUGGUUUGACCAAAAUGCUUUUUUGUAGUCUGCAUUAAGUUUAUAAGCACAUAUCACACAAGUCUUCAGUUGUCCACACUUGACCCAAAAGCGUGCGUGCUCUCUCUCUCUCUCUCUCUCUCUCCCUUUCUUUCUCUUUUACUCACUUUUUUUGCUGACAUUUACUGUGACCAUUAAUAUUACUUGGAAGUUUUAUCAUUCUGUGUACAUGCUGAGUUCAAGACUGCCUAUGUAAACACAAUUUUCCAGAUCUGACAGUCUGUCCAAACAGUGAUUUUGUGUGUGUGUGUGUGAUUAUUAAUUAAUGUUCACAGACAUCAAGGUCUUUUCUGACGUGUGUGUGUGUGUGUGUGUGUGCACAUGACCGGGGUGGGGGUGUGGGGGUCAGACAUACGCUGACCUACUGCUUACUUUGCUUUGUUGAUUUAUUGUCACAUUACCUGCAGAGAGCAUUAAAGGCUGCGCUCUGUCCAACAUGUCCAGGUGGCAGGGACAGGACGGAGGAGCAGUCUUUGACUGGCUACCAUAUCACAUCAUAUAACUUACAAUCAGGUGUUUUGCCAUGGCAGUUAUGUAGUGACAAGCAUAUGAGGUUGUGCAAUGAUGCCAAAGUUAAACCUGUUCUCUUCUGGAAUCUUCCAAGGAAUAAUUUCACAUGUGCUUUGUGAAGUGACUUCGCUUUGCGACAGAAAUGUAGGGCUUCAACAUGCCAAUAUUUAUUUAACAUUGUAAGCGGUACAGGUAAAAAUUUCUGUGUUUGGACAGGAAGAAUUAUGAUGACUGGAUCAUUAUUGUUUGCGUUAGGCGCAGCCGUUACUGUAGUGGAGAGCAAUAUUCAUCUUUAUUUCUUUCACCUUUCAGCACUUUCAACUGUAUGUACACUAAAAUGUAAAUAUGUCCCACAGUUUUGUCUGGUAUAUUGUUUGUGUUGUUAAAUUGUUGCCUGUGUAUCUGUGUGACUGUGUAUAUGCAUUUAUGCUUAUAUAUAAGUCUUUCCCUUUCAACACAUAAGUCAUUUUAUUUCUGACAGAUGUGUGCACAUUUGCACAUCAUCGUGUUUUUGUGCCGAACGUCUGAUAUAGUGCUGUUUCAGAUCAACCUUAGGGAACACAGUAGGCCUCUGAACAGGGCAAAGAUAACAGCAGAAUCUGAAAAAGACCCACUGCCUUCGGCAGAUGUCACUUGGUGGGAACUGGGUUCUGAAGCAGCGAUCUGUUUGUGUUCACAAAGCUGAAAUGAUCAUUUGCUGCUCUGUACUCAAUCCCCUUCAUGUCAUGGUGAAUCUUUUAGGGUGCCUCGUUUUAGUGUGUCUGAUUUAGGAAAUAACACUAUAUCAGGUCAGCACAAUAAAGUCAGUAAACUGUUCCUUUGAGCUACUGGAUUACAUGUAGUGUUCAGAUUUUGAUGCUGCAUUUUAAAAGGGCUGGAACGUUAUACCUGGUUUAUGCUGGCUUAUUUGUUUACUGGUUUACUGAAGAAUUUUGUUGAUGUUUUAUGAUAAUUCACUGUAUCAUAAAUACUUGGCUCAUAAAUGUUUGGUACAAUCAUAGUCCAUUUAGUUAGUUUUUAAUUCCUCUAACAGUUUCUGACUUUUGACUGUUUAGAAUAUAUUUGUUAGAAUACUACAUGCAUAACUGAGUAAAGUUAGAAUCUUUAUGUGAAAUAAAUGGUUUCAUAUGUGAA